UAGCUCCGCUUUACCUUGCCACCUCCUUAGAACGCUUUAGCUUCUGUCGCCACGUUCGGAGAAGAGAACCUCAAGCUCCUCCAGUCUGUAUUUAAAGGAGCUGUGGCGCUGAUCUAGCAUAACCUUUUCUGUUAAAAGUGCGGGGAAAGUAAUUUUAAAAAGGGCCAGGCAAAAUGAGGGAAAUCGUGCACAUUCAAGCUGGACAAUGUGGCAACCAAAUCGGUGCUAAGUUCUGGGAGGUGAUCAGUGAUGAACACGGAAUUGACCCCACUGGAACCUACCAUGGGGACAGUGACCUACAGCUUGACCGCAUCAGUGUUUACUACAAUGAGGCCACUGGUGGCAAAUAUGUCCCUCGUGCCAUCUUGGUCGACUUGGAACCUGGAACCAUGGACUCAGUGAGGUCUGGACCUUUUGGCCAGAUCUUCCGACCAGACAACUUUGUAUUUGGCCAGAGCGGAGCUGGUAACAACUGGGCCAAAGGUCACUAUACAGAAGGGGCCGAGCUGGUGGAUUCAGUCCUGGAUGUAGUGAGGAAGGAAGCAGAGAGCUGCGACUGUCUGCAAGGUUUCCAGCUCACCCAUUCUCUGGGUGGUGGAACCGGCUCUGGGAUGGGCACCUUACUGAUCAGCAAGAUCCGUGAGGAGUACCCCGACCGCAUCAUGAACACCUUCAGUGUGGUGCCAUCUCCCAAGGUCUCUGACACAGUGGUGGAGCCCUACAACGCCACACUCUCAGUACACCAGUUGGUGGAGAACACAGAUGAGACCUACUGCAUUGAUAAUGAGGCCCUCUACGACAUCUGCUUCCGUACCCUCAAGCUUACCACUCCUACCUAUGGCGAUCUUAACCACCUGGUCUCUGCCACCAUGAGUGGUGUAACUACCUGCCUCCGCUUCCCUGGACAGCUCAAUGCUGAUCUCCGCAAGCUGGCAGUCAACAUGGUUCCCUUCCCCCGUCUCCACUUCUUCAUGCCUGGCUUUGCCCCCUUGACCAGCCGUGGCAGCCAGCAGUACCGGGCCCUGACAGUUCCAGAGCUGACACAGCAAGUGUUCGAUGCCAAGAACAUGAUGGCCGCCUGCGACCCCCGUCACGGACGCUACCUGACUGUGGCAGCUGUCUUCCGGGGCCGUAUGUCCAUGAAAGAGGUGGAUGAGCAGAUGUUGAAUGUGCAGAACAAGAACAGCAGCUACUUCGUAGAAUGGAUCCCCAAUAAUGUCAAAACCGCUGUGUGCGACAUCCCUCCCCGUGGUCUGAAAAUGGCAGUGACCUUCAUCGGCAACAGCACAGCCAUCCAAGAGCUCUUCAAGCGCAUCUCAGAGCAGUUCACUGCUAUGUUCCGCCGUAAGGCCUUCCUCCACUGGUACACUGGCGAGGGCAUGGACGAGAUGGAGUUCACAGAAGCAGAGAGCAACAUGAAUGACCUGGUCUCUGAAUACCAGCAGUACCAGGAUGCCACGGCUGAGGAAGAGGAGGAUUUUGGUGAAGAGGCUGAGGAAGAAGCUUAAAGUCUUAUCUGCUAUCAUUAAAUAAAUCUGCACAAUAAAAAUUAAAAAAAAAAUGCAUCUUCUGUUCUAUUUCUUUUUCCUCCUUAAACCUAGUCUGUCUGUCCUUCUCCAGCUUCUCUUAUGGGGCAGUUUCCAUUUUAAUGUUGGCUUAAGGUUACCUCAAUUAGCAUUUCUCCUGAUGGUAGGAAUAAGCAGUGGCUGAGAGAACAAGUAAACACUGGUUAGUGUCUCUUGUGAGUAGCUGAAUAGGGGUCAGUUUGGGAAGAUGAGGUACCCUUUCUUGGCUACUGUAACCUGUAAGUUACUGUUUCUGAGACUCCGGAAUAAAGAAGAAUCUGAAUUUCGCCCCCUUCUCAUCCUGGUCUUUGCCACAGCUGUUCCUCAUACGAGCAACAUGAGCUGUAAGUUGAAGGCAGAGUGUCCCUAAUUGUGAGAAUAUAUGGUGGUGGAGAGAUGGGGCCAUGUUGAACUUAGAUGUGUGCCACAGACAGAGAGGUAACUGCUUUAAGGUCACGUUCUUGAAAUUUCAGUUUUCUGCCAAACAUAAUGUUCUCUGAAAACUGGGAUCUGUGUUUUUUCUUCUGGUGUGAGCAGUUGAUCCAAAGAGCAGCAGCAAUUUGGUUUCCUAUCAUGACAGGAAGAAGUUUAGCUUGGCCCAUGAUCAGUUCGUAUAGAAGGAACUCUUCAGAUUGGAACUACAAAGCACUUUCUUGUUCCAGGAGCACUCCCUGUCGUCUUCGGGUGUACACAUUUAGUCCUGCAUGCUCACAAUAUAAAAAUAGCAUUGGGCAUGCCUGACAGUUGUUCCAAGGAACUGUACUUUAAAACCUAUGCUCCAUUCUCGGUUCUGAAAUAAUUCAAAACUCUAGAAGUGAAGGCCAGGGAGGACACUCUACUGCUUCAUACAGUGCCAAAUAAGUGAGAGAGUAGAAAAGCCUGACUUUAGUGUGCCUGUCACUUUGGCCUAAUCUGGUAAUCCUUUGGAUCUUGCUUGGUCAAUGCUCGGGGGCAGCAGCAGCUAGCUCCUGACCCCCAAUUCAAAGGAGCUGCUCCCAUAAGAGAAUUGUUGAGGAAGGCUGGAAGAACAAUAAACCCAUUUUGCUUUGGAAACAUUCAAACCUUAAGAGCACAAGCAGAGAGUUUGGUACACUGCUGAUGCUGAGGCACUCUGGCUGUCUAGCAGCUAAGAUGACUAUCAAAACCCUGUUUGGGCAUCAAUAUAGUUAUACCAACUGGAGUGUGUUGGCAAACCCUAUCCCCAUGCCAAUGAACUUUACAGCCCUGGAACCCCCAAUCCAUGAAAGCAACACCUAUCUGCAGACACUCCUACACUCCAGUCAGUGUUGUAGUAAUGGUGUGUAGCAUAAAUAGUUACAGAAUUGCCAAAGCAGGCUAAAGGCUUGGCAGAAUGAAGGAAUUAAAUGUUUUCGGUAUGCAUCAGCAGGGGGCUCUUUCCAAGUAAGACUAGAGCACUAGUUCCUCCUUGUACCGAUUCUCUACUGUGAGCUUUUUAGGAAGAUGAAAACAAUGAUACAGGCUCUCCUAUACAGUCUGAAGUGGUACAGCUUUCGGCUAGUACCCACCCCAUCUUGCUGCAUGCAGAGAGCACUCUGUAGCUGUACCACUGUUCUGUUCAUAAGAAAGGCUGGUUCUGGGUAAGGGAUAACUGCUGUCAUCCAUGCACCACUCCAAACAGGGUUACAUCUGAAAAGGAUCCUCCACUCCUGGCUUUUUCAGUCUCCUGCUUGUUGCUUUGGCUACUGCUUUAUCUUUUUUUGCUCACUCAUUUCCCCCUCUUCUUCUUUUUUUAAAAAAGCCCUCCUUUUUCAUAUUGAAAAGAUGUCUUGUGAACCAAUAAAGUUUUUUUUAAUGUU